UUCCCUGUCAACAUGGCUGCCAUCAGGAGCGGGGUGACUCCGGGCUGCCUAGCAAGAUGUUUCCUGAGACAGACUGGAAAACCGAGCCGAGGCAGCCUUCCUCUUUCAGACGUUUGGAGCCACCGGUUGCUCCAGAGGUCCCAUCUCCACACAGUGUUUGAGUGUCGCAGUCCGGCCACCAGGACUCUGCUGGGCCGCAGACACCAUGGGAAGUUCCUGUGGGUGAACGCCGUGGCAGUCAGACACAACAGCUCACAGAUCCCACCCAAGGAUGGAUCAAUGGCAGCCCCUGACAGUGCUCCAGUCCUGGAGUCCUCCCCUGUCUCUCUGCCCGCUGACCCCACCUCUGUUUUAGCGCAGCCAGUCAUUGACCAGGUUGCUGGUGUGGCACCGACGGCGGUGGAGGUCCUGCAAGCUGCGACUACAGAACCCACUUUAGCAGAGCUGGGACUGGCCGGCCACACACCUGUGGGACUGAUCCAGAACUUUUUAGAGUUCAUGCACCUGGAUCUCGGCAUGCCCUGGUGGGGGGCCAUCGUUGUAGGAACGGUGCUGGCUCGUAUGGCUGUGUUUCCAGUCAUUGUGAAGGGCCAGAGAGAGGCAGCCAAGCUGAACAAUGUGCUGCCUGAGAUGACCAAACUCACCAACAGGAUGACCGAGGCCAAACAGAGUGGAAACAAAUUUGAAUUUGCCAAAGCCUACUCUGACCUGAACCUGUUCCAGAAGAAGCAUGAUGUGAAUCCUCUCCGCGGCUUUCUGGUUCCUUUAGUGCAGGCGCCAGUCUUCGUCUCCUUCUUCAUCGCACUGAGGAAGAUGGCGUAUCUGCCGGUGCCCAGCAUGCAGACGGGAGGUCUGCUCUGGUUUCCAGACCUGACGGCAGCAGAUCCUUUUUAUAUUCUGCCCAUAGCCGUCACUGGAACCAUGUUCUUCAUCCUGGAGUUGGGUGCAGAGUCUGGUAUUGACAACCCCAAUCUGAGAGCCAUGAAGACUGUGUUCAGGAUCAUGCCCUUAGUCAUCCUCCCCCUCACUAUCAACUUCCCCACGGCGGUGUUCACCUACUGGCUGACCUCUAACUGCUUCUCCCUGGGUCAAGUCGCUCUGCUCAGACACCCUUGGGUCAGAGAUAGGCUGAGGAUCCCAGAGAGGAUCAAACACCCGGACAGCGCUCUGCCCAAUAACGAAGGCUUCUUCGCAACCAUGAAGAAGGGCUGGAAGAACGCUCAGCUGGCUCAGCAACUGGAAGAGAGGGAAAGGAGGAUCAAAAAUCAUCUGGACCUCGCUGCUAAAGGUCCAAUGAGGCAGACUUUUACCCACAAUCCUUUGCAGCAGAACCCUCCCAUUGCUGCAGCAUCAACUAAAGACAAGCAAGCUCAUGGCAAAGAAAAGCCAUGGAAGGACACUGUUGUAUAAGUCUUAUUUGCUCAUAGAUUGAUGGUAUUAUGAAUUAUGUACAUAUUUAUGGGUGGAAGAGUGGACAGGUUGGGGAAGGGUUGUGUAUUAUUCUAAUUAAAAUGUAAAAUCUGCCUCUAAACAACCA